AUGUGAUCGUUUGGAAUAUCAUGUGUGUCCUAAAGGAAGUAAGUUGAUUUGAACAUAAAACGCAUGGGAAACUAGAAGAUGAGAUGAGGGAUUUCCGAGCACAAAUAAAGAGAGAUUAAAAAAAUAUUUUAAAGACGUAGGAGGUCUUUGAGGAGGGGGGAGGCUGGAAAUUUCUCCUGUUGUGCAGGACAGACUGGGACGGCUUCCUGCCGCCUAUUGCUCCACUUUUUUUCUACAACUUUACAAGUACAGUUUUCAGCGAGGACGAACUAUUUAGUCACGAAGCAGUGACUCUGUAAACUGGGACACAGGAUUAAUGCUGAGUCGAGGGGAAGAACUAGAAAAAAGAUGUUCGUGUAGCUUCAAGGAAAGAAGACGGAAGCAGCUUUACAAAAAGAUGUUUCGGAAAAAAGCAUCUUCAUCCUUGAGAGUGACAAGGAUAACGGGAAGCUCAACAUACAGGGGACGUAGUUUGUCCUUCCAUGAGGUUCGUUGCCAGCGUGAGAUGGAGAUGAGGGCCGGAACCGAAGAGCCAUCAAAUAGCAGUGUAUCAGGUGGUGGCAGUACAGUCCUGCAGCGGCUCCUUCAGGAGCAGAUGAAUCGAAACUAUGUGCUGCAACAACAGCAACAGUCUGGAGGAGGGGGGAUUGGAGUAGCAACAGGAGGAGGAGGUGGAGGUGGCUAUUCAGUACAUGGACAGGUAAGCCCCUCUGAUGAUCAUUCUGUAAGCGCUCACAUUGCAAGGCAAGAGCCCCAGGGACAGGAGCUUCAGACGGACAGUGGCCUGGAGAAGGUUGGUGUCAUCAGAGUUGGUGGGCAUGGUGGGGGCAGUGGAGGUGGGGGAUGUGUGGGCUCUUGUGGAGAAGCAUCCAGUGGCGGGGGCAGUGGAGUUGGUGGCAUCACCCAAGGACAGUGCCCUAACCUAGAAGAUCUCCCUACAUACGAGGAAGCCAAAGUACAGUCACAGUACUUCCGCGGCCAUGGUUCUCCUCCUCAGGCUCAGCAGCAGCAGAACAGCCAGGCCCAGCAGCCUUCACUGCCUGCCUCGUUAGGUGCCGCUUUCUACGUUACUGGCCUUACCAGCACCAAAGUUCGCACUGAGGGUCGCCCAACACUACAGCGUGUCAGUGGUACCGGGAAGGUGCACCAAGAUGAUGGACUAAAAGAUCUAAAGCAAGGACACGUCAGGUCUCUCAGUGAACGACUUAUGCAACUUUCUUUAGCCACCAGUGGUGUGAAAGCCCAUGCUCCUGUAAGCAGCACCCCUCUUUCCCCACAACUACCCCCAUCAUGCCAGCCUGGAGACUACUACAAGCCACAGCAUCGAGGCCCACCACCAGACUAUCCUUUUAAAGGAAUAUGUUCUCCUGGCAGUCAUCCAGAAUCUGGAGGCCACUUUUAUCAGGAGCCAAGAGUAAGGGAUCACUCCAGGGAGGUUCCAACUGUUCGAUAUCAGCCCCCUCCUGAAUAUGGCUCUUUCAGAUCCACUAAGGAGGUCUCAGUUCACUACCAGAGGCCCCUCAACCAGCACAGUCCCAGCUCCUCUGUGACCUCUGUUGGAUCUUUGUCUCGUGCACAAUCCUCUACUCUGAGCAGCAUGCUCUCUGCCGCCUCUCACUCCUCUCAUCCAUCAAUUCCUCACCAGCCACCUCCAAGCCAAGGAGAGCCAUACCCAAUUAUGGGACCCCGUGUUCCACAUGGUCCAGGCUCCCAUCAAGUGGCAGAACCUUUCCCCCCAGGACCUGUUCAUCACACAACGCAGAGGGGCCAUGCUUUUCUUUCUGAUUCUUAUGGCUCCACUCCAAGGUUGCAUCAUCAUCAGCAACACAAUCAAUGUCAACAACAGCAGCAACUCCAGGGUCCUUCCCAUCCCCAGCUGUCUAUGCAGGCAGGACAUGUUCCCCAGCAGCAGUCCUUCAUACAGCUACAGGGAGAGCCUUUUGCAAUGAUGGCCCGUGCCCAGCAGAUGGUGGAUGUGAUGACUGAGGAGAACAGAAUUCUAAGACAGGAGAUGGAGGCUUGUCGUGAGAAGGUCACCAGGUUACACAAGUUGGAAACAGAGAUACAGCUAGUGUCAGAGGCCUAUGAAAACCUUGCCAAGUCUUCCUCUAAGAGAGAAGCGUUGGAGAAAACUAUGAGGAGCAAGUUGGAGCUACAGGUGCGCCGACUCCAUGACUUCAACAGAGACCUGCGAGAGCGCAUGGAGACUGCUAAUAAACAGCUCGCCUCUAAAGAGUGUGAUAGCUCUGAAGACAAUCGGAAAACCAUCUCCCAGCUGGUUGCUCAGAAAAAAGAAAUUCUGCGGGAGAAGGAAAAGCUGGAGAUGGAGCUGAAUGCACUGCGCUCAACUGCAGAUGACCAAAGGAGACACAUUGAGAUCAGAGACCAAGCACUGAACAAUGCCCAGGCAAAAGUUGUUAAACUGGAGGAGGAGCUUAAAAAAAAACAAGUUUAUGUGGAGAAAGUGGAAAGGAUGCAACAGGCUCUGGCCCAGCUCCAGGCAGCAUGUGAAAAGAGAGAACAACUAGAACACCGUCUUCGUACAAGACUGGAAAGAGAGCUGGAGUCUUUACGUCUGCAGCAGCGUCAAGGAACCUCACAGAGCAGUGGCUUGGUGACAUCAGAGUACAAUGCCACAGCCCUGAUGGAGCACCUAAGAGAGAAGGAGGAGCGCAUUCUGGCUCUGGAGGCUGACAUGACUAAAUGGGAGCAAAAGUAUUUAGAGGAAAGUGUAAUGAGGCAGUUUGCCCUGGAUGCUGCCGCGUCCGUUGCUAUGCAGAGGGAUACGUCUGCAGCAGGGAUAAACCAUUCUCCGAGCAACAGCUAUGAUACUUCUGUUGAAGCUCGAAUUCAGAAGGAAGAAGAAGAGAUCCUAAUGGCCAAUCGUCGCUGUCUCGAUAUGGAAAGCAGGAUAAAGAAUCUUCAUGCCCAGAUCAUUGAGAAAGAUGCCAUGAUAAAGGUUCUUCAUCAGCGCUCUAAGAAGGAACCCAUGAAGUCUGAUGCACCGUCUGCCAUGCGUCCUUCUAAAUCCUUGAUGUCCAUCUCCAACACUGGUCCAAGUGGUUCAGGACUGCUUUCGCACAGCCUUGGGCUUAGCAGCUCACCAAUCACUGAGGAGCGCAAGGAUGCCAGCUGGAAGGGAAGCCUCGGAGUCCUGCUGGGUCCAGAGUGUCGCACAGAGUCUCUGCGGACAGAAUCCAUCUCGUCAUCCCCUUCCCCCGUACUUUCUACCACCCCGAUGACUACAGGUCACUCAAAGACAGGCAGCCGGGACAGCUGCACACAGACUGACAAGGGUCAAAGCCAAGAAGCCAGCAAGCCCAGCCCUUCAGUCCUCCAGAGUAUGACCCUGCCUGCCCGCCUAUCAAGCCCCAGCCCAGUCUACAUCCCAGAUCGCUUAGCAGAAGUUCCAGUGUUUCACAGCAGCACUUUUGAACGGAGGUUCCUUGUGCAGUCCCAUUCACAGCAACAAGCUCUCCCUUCAGCUCCAGCAGUCCAACAAGAGGUAGACACAGACAUCGUUGAGAUCCUCAUAUGAAACCAUAACUUCAAGAAAAGAAAAGUAUAUGUGUAAGUGAUUGAAUGGCAGCUUCAUCACAAGAACGCUCUUAAUCAUCCUGCACAGUCAGAGCUACAUCUUUGUCCUGAGACAUUUUGAUUUAUCUUUUCAUCCUGUAUCCUUUCAUUCUAUAAGUUUAGCCUGACUGAAGAAAGAACAAGAUUACAAGGGGUACAACUCUGCAUCAGAAAUGGGCCUGAAGCAAUUUCAGAGGUUAUUAUAUUUUUUCCACUGGUUUUUGUUGUAAUGUAUUCUUGAAAGUAGUAGGGAAUUAAAUAUACAUUUUGUCUUAAAAAAUGUACAUAGUUAGACAAUCCUGAGCAGCAAAGUCCCCUCCAAACUCAGAUUCAUUUCAUUUGGGAUUUCUGUAUCGAAGUUAAAGUGUUCUAUUUGUUAAACACUUUUGUGAUUAAUAAGUAGUUGUUGUGUUUAAUUAUUAGUAUAGUGACUGUAUUAUUAACUGUAGUACCAAAUGUUUUUAGCACAUCUAACAAACUUUGUAAAGUUUUCCAACAAACACCACUGGUUUUUGUUCAGCUUUCUGAAAAGAUUUAAGAUAGCCAUGAAAGAGCAUAGCUUUUUCAAGGUAAAGUAACCAUUUCAAAUAUUAAGAGAUUUAUUCAGACUAAUCGCAUUGGACCAAUUGUAUAUAGUGUUGUUUGCAUUAUUUAUUGCUCAGAUGACCACAUCUGCUUUGUGCUUUAGUUUAAGGCAUUUGGCCUUGUGUUUGUGUGUGUUUUUAUGUAUAUCUUAGACAUUAAAUAUCAGGACUGAUAUCAACUAGUGUUUAACAAACCCUUCACAUACAGAGGUUUACUUUGUGUCUGUUGUUUCUAACUUAAAACCACAAAUUUAAAAAGCUACAAACAUGACAAAUCGUAAAUGACUUAGAAGUUCAGCCUUUUAACUUUCUCUAAAUAUUAGUAUUUGUAUCUAGAUUACAUUAAAUCAGCCUAACAUUUUACAAUGGUCACGUACAGACAGACAGACAGACAGUAUUUAUUUUGUUGUAUUAAUUAAAAAAGAGAAGUUAAUCAAAGAAUUUAAGCUUAUAGAAUGCAUAAGCUGGGAAAUAUAAUUACAUUUAAGGCUUAAUUUUAUUAUCACAUGAAAUACCCUGAAUAAGAUAAAUGUAAACUCCAUUUAUUAAGACCCCAGGUUGGGACUCAAACCCAGGACCUUCUAGUUGCAAGCCAACAGUUCUACCAACCACACCACUGCACAGCCCACAAUUCAUUUCAUUUCAAUUGAAUUGAAUUGAGUUCAGCUAUAUUUAUAUAGCACAAAUUCACAAUAAAUGUCAUCUCAAAGGCACUUUACAAAAUCUCUUUUCAAUUUAAUCACAAAUACAUUCCAACUGAUUCUAGUUAUUAAACAGUACAGUAUGCUCAAAUAGUUAUUCACUAAAGUUUAAUAAGUUUCUAUCUAAUAAAACCCUGCAGAUUGCAUCGAGUCAUUGACUUGCAGUAUUAACUCUUCCUGGACCAGCAUGUUGCAACAAUCGCAUGUACUGUGUUGAUGAUGUUACAACAAUCCCUCGUACUGAGCAUGAAUGUAGCCACAGUGGAGUGGAAGAACUCCCCUUUAACAAGAAGAAACCUCCAGCAGAACUUGGCUUAGUCCAAACGACCCUCUGCCACGACCCACUGGGGGUUUGAGAAGACACAGCAGAGACACAAAAAAGAAACAGAUGAGCUAAUGUAGGAUUGUUCUUAAUUUUCAUUAAAGUAACACGUUAAUAGCAGGAGAGGAAGUUGAUGGAAGCAUUAUCUCAGCUAAUUCCCUCCUCCAGGAAGGUAUCACAGCUGUUGCGCCUUUGGCUACAAAAACGGCCAUCAGGCGAUUCCAGUAACUGGUAAUAAAUCUUUAAAUCUCUGAAGAAGAACUUUGGCCAACCCUUACUUCUUUCUAUAAAGGUUUUAAUUUAGUCGAGUUGUAAAAUUUAGAGCAAAAUUAGCCUGCUUAAAGUAAUUCCAGACCACCUCAGUUGAUUUCACUUCAUACAUACACUUCAUUUUAAUAACUUGAUUACUUGAGUUUAAGUUCACAAACUCAUGGACAUUCCUCUAAAGCAGGGGUUUUCAAAGUAUGAAAGUGUGAGCCCCCCUCCAAGGAGCACAAUGCCUGUUGCUUUUUUAAUGCUUUGUCAGUUCUGAUGUAACUAGAAAUGCAGCUAUGUCAUUCUUUAUAAUGUUUCCUGGUUGUUCCAUAUUCUCUGAAUUAGUCAUUAAUAGCUCCAGCUGAGGUUUACUGGAGUCUCAAAGCCUUAAAAGGCAUUUGUAAGAUUUUCCAAACUGAUAUAUACCAAUGACUGUUUGCUAUCUUUCUGGGCAAGUUAGAAAAUAAUAUGUUGUUCUUUGAGAUCCACCUGCUGCUUGUUGCCAGAAAUGUUUUAUUUAGCUGAUUUUCUAAUUCUACAGGUCUGACAAGAGUCAGGCCUUGAUGUGUAAUGUGGCAAAACACGUUACUAUUUCAGAGUAUUAUUUUGAUUUGAAAAGCUUUUUUGCUUAAUAAAUAAGCACAACUUGAAUACAUGUUCCUUCAGUCACUCAGUUGUAGCCUGAUGUUAAAAUGUUUUGCUCAAAAACAUUCAUUUCAAUAUUACUUUUACUUAACUCUUGUCAUAUGAUCACUCUUUCAUAAAGCCAGGUCUGGGUGCUGCAUGACAGAGAGCUCUUAUAAACAAAUUAUAUUCUCAGCACACUACUUGUAUUCAUUGUAAAUGUUUUCUGAUUUGUGUAUUUUGAGUCUUUGGGGGUGAAAAUUAUGUUCUUUCACAUUAACUUGUAUUAAAUGUAUUGUUUCAAAGGAGGUUAGAAAGUUACGGAAGAGGCAAGGACUGAAAAUACUUUUCCAUAAUACAAGAUAAAAAUAAUUUAGGAAAUAAUAAUUUAUUUGGAGCUGUUAGAUUAGAAAAAAAAAUUCAUUUCUUUGUACUAUUCAUAGUGGAUAGUUUAGGUUUUGUUAUGGAUGUUUGGCUUUGUGUUAAAAUUUACAUCACAAAAGUACUUUUAAAUUUGCAAUCAGUCAUUCCUCUGUUGGCUACAAAUCCAACACAGCAGCACUAAGACAACUACACUGCUACAACUUAGUGAAGAUGCCACAUACUAGGUCACAUGUAACCAGCACAUAUUAGGCUAAACAAUAAUGUCACAAAAUGUAGUUUUCAAAAAGAAAAAACGUCACAUCUGGGCACAAUUGUGUCAAAUUCUUACAAAUAUUACAUUUGGAAUCAGUUCUUUCGGUUUUUAUCAGUUUAACAUAAUGAAGUGGGAGCACAAAUAGUUCAGUACAGCUAAAUGCAUUAUCAUCUGUUUUGUAGAAGAAGUUCCUGUGAACUGGAAGUUGAUAGUUGAAAUCCACUUUGACCCUUUGAAAAUAGAGAUGAUUAUCUUUCCCUAUCACUAUGAAAAGGUAUUUGAAUGUACUUUCUUCUGCAAAGGUUAGUAACAAGAGGUAAGUCAGUGUUACAACAACACUUACCUGUCACUGUUGAAGUGGAAUGGACAUUUUGUAUGUUUUUAACCAAACCUGGGUAUAUUUUUAAAUACGUUAUGCAUAUGUUGUAUUCUGUUUUGUACUUUAUAUUCCAUGUCAAUUGCCCUAAAUAAACAGCACUUUUCUUGA